GCCUGAUCUAAUGGAUUGUUGAAUGCUGACGUGUCCUAUCAACAGCAAUGGCAGCGCACAGAAGUUGGCUGCAAUUUUUGUUAUUCUUCAUUUGUUUAUCAUAUAAUUCAGGAAGUACGCAAUUACCGAAGUUGAGAGCAUGUAUAGACACAGAUUGUAACGGCCUUUUAUCCCUCGGGUCAGCCAUGGUCAUGUUUAAGUCGCCUGAUGAUCGACUCCUGAGCUUUGAUGAACAUGACACCAUUGACAUUCUAGCAAGGAGUGAUGGUAACUUCUGGGAAGGCCAGGUGAAUGGAAGAAGAGGGUAUUUUGACAAAAAUUUGGUUCAAGAAACAACCCCUCUUUACACUGAUGACCUAAAAGCAGUUAAGACAGAGGGCGAUCUUGAAAUAUCCAAGGAAGUGGUAGAUGCAAUUGAAAAGGCGAAAACAGAAAUGAAAGAGGUGGCUGGCAGACCUAAUGAAAUUGAUGGUGUUAAUAGCAAUGGGCCUGACACCAACUUUCGUAUGGGGGUGGCGGAUGCACAUGGUGAUGGUGAUAGUUAUGGGAAUGGUAAUUCCUUGCUUGGGUCACUGAGCCGAAUUAUCCCUAAGCAAUUUCGAUCGCAAGUGAAAAAAGAAGCAGAAGAUAAUGUUGAUGAUAUAAAUGCGCAUAUUGAGAAGACUAUGAGAAAAAGAAUGGUAGGAGACAAACCCAACAAAGAAGCUGAACAGGAUGAAAACAAUGAUGGCAAUGAAAUGGAGGAAGACAUAGAAAUAAAUAAAGAACUUGGUAAGAUACACGAUAAGAAAGAUACAGCCGCAGAUGAGAAAAAUGACGAAAAGACUGAAACUGAAGAAGAAGGAGAUGAAGAAGAAGAAGAAGAAGAAGUAGAGGAAGAAGAAGAAGAAGAUGAAGAAGAAGAAGAAGAAGAAGAAGAAGAAGAAGAAGAAGAAGAAGAAGAAGAAGAAGAAGAAGAAGAAGAAGAAGGAGAAGAAGAAGCAGAAGAAGAAGAUGAUGAAGACAAAAGAGCAGAAGAGGAGGAAGACAAUGACAAAGAAGAAGAAGGAUUUAGUUUUGAAGAUGAGAUAGAGGUGGAGGGGGAUAAGGGGACAGUAAAAGAGGAAAAUGACAACGAAAAUCAUGCAGGAGAGAAAAAGGAACAUGGUAAUGAAGUAGAUGAGGAAGGAGAGGAAAGAGGAGAUGGCGAAGAAGAUAAUGUGCAGGAUGGAGAUAUUGACGAGGCUGAAGCAGACAUCCCUCUCAAUGCAGAAGAUUCAACUGCUGGGCAGGAAAGCGAUGAAGUCUUAAAAGUAGAACCAGUAGCCCACUUUAGCAGAAGUAGCGAUUCAUUUGACACUAAUGAUCCGCUCUCUGACAUUGGAGUGACCUGGCCAGAUAAUCCUCGUGCGGGUGAAAAGAAGGAUAAUCUCAUGAUUAAACCUGGAGCAGACAUUACAGAGGAAAACGACCAGCUUGAGGACAGUGACGACAAGAGAGUGCACAUAGACAUGGUAGACACCAGUAAGGGAGAAGGAGAGAGUGGAGACAGGAAUGAUAUCGCUGGAAAAGGUUUUAUAGAGACUGAAGUUCAUAGCAAGGGUGCAGGUGAGGAUGCUGAGAAUCAGGAAACUGUGGGGACCAUUGCACUCGAGUUGGAUUCCCAUGAAAGUAAUGAAGAACAGGAUCCUGUAAAGGAGAGCAGAGACAAUGAAGCUGUUGAAACACUUGACCAAGAAGAUUCUUCUCUUGAGCAUGUGGUGAAGUCAUAUGCAGAAGAGCAACAGGAUCUAUUGUCAGAACACAGUGACAGCAACACCGAUAUGGCAAAAGAUGCAAGCUUGGCAGAAGAGAGAGAGAAGCAAGCUGAAGACCAGAUGAAAGGCCAGGCAAAGGAGACCCUUAUCCAGGAAGCAUCAGCAGAGGUAGAUGCUGACCUGCAAGUGAGAGGAAAUGAAGCCAUUGGUAGCAGUUAUGGGGAGGAGGAACAGAAAACCAGGCCAGGGAAGCAGAGUGGGAGCGAAGAGGCAGAGACCAGUGUAAAUGAGAGUGACGAGAAUACAGAGCAGGUGAGCGCUAGGAGUGAUGGGAGUUCAGCAGAGGAGAAAGUAAGUGAAAAUGAAGCUAACAUGGAGAAAGGUCUAGGUUCAGAGAAUACCCUGCCCAAAAUUGAGGAAGAGGGGAUCCCAAGAGAAAAUGGAGGCAAAGACAUGGAGGAGCCAGCAAGUGGGGGCCAAGCACCAGAAGAAACGAGUUCAAUCUCUGUAGCAGCUGAUGACAAAGAGACAGAUAGGCAACCUAGUGAAGCGACACAGGAUGAAGAGAAUGCUAGGCAACUGCAUGGUGGCACUAGCGAGGUUGGUACUAGCGGCAGAGAUGUUAAUGCAGUGCCUGAUGGUGGAGAGUCUCGUGUAGCAGCUGAACCUUAUAACAUAGAAGAUCGCACCCAGCAGGCAUCGCAAACACCUGAGCAAAACAUUGUCAUUGAUCCUGAGAAGAUUGUGCCAAUCAAACCCGCCAGCAUAGUCUUGAAGAAGGAUGGAAAGCCCGUGACGCUGAUCUUCGGACCUGACAACCUGGCACCGGCGCAAGUCGUAAUCGACGGAUCGACGCUUCAAGUCGAGGACGGCGUCAAUCCUUUCAUCGAGUUUGGUCUCAGUCAGGACGACGUAAGAACCGAGCAGAAGGACGUCUUGUCCAGCUACCACGCCGAGGAGACGCGCGCGCCCGAGGGAGCGACACCGAUGCUGACGGACGCGCCGGUCACGACGGCCGCUCACGACGCAGCGAUGCACGGCACCAUCCUGCCCAGCGAGGUGAUGGAGAGAGGCGGUCCGUAUCGCACGUUCCGCGGCGAGCAAGCGCCGGAUGCUGGCAUCCUGAGGGGCUUCCACCCUCACGGCAGUCACCAGCAGCACGGGGCGCCGCGGUUCCCCGAAGCCGACGUUUGGGGAGGCGACCGCCGCUACGAGGAUCCCGACGAAUUCGCGCGCUACAGAGACCAGUACUCGGUGGAGCGCGACCCGUCGAACCUCCGACGCGGUUUCCCGGGUCCGUACGUCGGCGGCCAGGGUCAGUUUCCGAGCGGAUACGACGGCCACCACGGGCAGGUACACGACCAGUUCCCCCAGCAGCACGGUUCGCAGUUCGGAAACUACCCCCCGCAGCAACUGCACCAGCAGCAACUGCACCAGCAGCAACCGCACCCGCGAUUCCCUGGUCAGUAUGCUCCACCGCCACCAGGUUACGACUCAAACGGCCUCCCGCUACAGCUCGGGCCUAACUUCAACCACCCGGAUCCACGGUACAGAGUGCCGCAGCAAGGAGGCUCGAUGUGGCAAGGUGUAUCGACGGGGCAACACUCGCAGCAACGUCACGAGCGUGCGCAACAUGGAGUUCCGCCAUAUCCGACGGCGCCACGGAGUGAGCAGUUGCCGCGAAGAGGAGAGCCGCCACAGCAUGUUGAGCAGCGAGCUGAACGGCUGGUACCUGCUGCUUCAGAUCUCUCGCAGGAGGAUGCACGUCAGCCUGCUGAACCAAGGCUGACGGCCGCACUGUUGAAACGCUCCGCAGACAGGACUAGACAGGACAAGACUGCAGAGGGCGCCGGCGUGCCGUCGGCGGAGAAACAGGACGAGCUGGCUACGCUGAAGAAACAAGCACAGGACGAGGAGCUCGGACAUGACGUGCGCGACCACGGCGAUCCGCUUCUCACCCCGACGGAGUCAUUACAGCAGAGGUCCAUGACAGAGGAGUCGGGGGAAGUUGCCGAUAAUGAGCUAGUUGAGCCUGGUGCGAAGGAAGCAGUGCCGGACAUUGUCUAUGCAAAGAACCUGAACUCGCUGGGCGCAGGUGUCCAGAUUUCCACCGACCACGUCCCUAAGCCGGAGUCGACCUUUGUGAAGACGGCUGCGUACAACAGCAGACGUCUGAACGGUCUGAACGCAGAGACACCGCUCCCGGAUGUUGUCCCGGGUACAGUGCUCCAGCCUCCCACUCCAGCAUCGGCAGAGACGGCGAGCAAACAUGAGUGGGUUGAGCACAUGACGCUGACGCUUACAGAGUGGGUAGUUGCUGCGAGGUUGGCGUGGGACCCGGUGAAGAGCAAGCAUUUGCAGCUGACAACAAUGGUACUCCAGCCCUGCGUUGAAAUGCUUCCUACUGAGUACCUCCAUAUCUGGCACGAGUAUGACCUGUACGACCGCUCGCGUCGUCUGCAGCUGGCAGCUCUUAUUGCUCUGCUGGUAGUUUCCCUGAUCAUAUCCAAGAUGAAACGGAAAGCCAUAAAGAUGGGAAUGAAGAUGGUGACCAAGGCAGAGUGGAGCAGUCUGCAUAGGCAGGCAGAUAUGGUCAACUGGAUGGAGAAUCUUUAUCUUGAGUACAUGCAAAUGGCGGAGGACUUGAAGAAGAAGGUCAUACAGAAGGAUGAGGUGGUCGGAGAGUUGGAACGCGAGCGCGAGGACGCGCGCGAGCAGAGUCUGGAGAUGGGGAAGGUCAACCGCCGACUGGAGGAGAGGCUGGCACAGAUGGUGAGUGUGCUGGGAGAGCGCAGCAAGGGUCUCGACGCAAAGUCGGUGGAGAUUGAGACACUCCAGACAGAGCUCCAGGAGAGGAACGCCACAGUGGUCGUGCUGGAAGAGAGAGUGACCUCACUCACAACGAGUCUAGAGGAGGCGGGUAGCUUGACCAAGGAGAACGAGGGAAGGGCGGUCGAGACUGAGGACGAGGUGAAGUUGCUGAAGGCUAGCAGGGAUCAGCUGCUGGAGGAAGCGCGAAGCUGGAACGAGAGCGUGCAACAACUGACGGAGCAGACAGAGAAACGCAAGCAGAGUCUCACAGCUCUGAAGAAAAGCGCCGCCGAGAAGGAUAAAGAGAUAGAGGAGUUGAAGGAGUGCCUUUCCCAACUACAAGUAUUAGAGAACAAGAUGACAGCAGAUGGAACUGACGGCAGUGGAGAAGGAGAGGUAGUAGAUUCCCUUAGAGAGCAGGUGAAAAACAUGGCGGAUGUGAACAGGAUGCAUGUGAUUGUGGAGCAAGCCCAGGCCGAGAAGAAAGUCAUGUUUGCUGACCUUGAGGCAGAAAAAAAGGCAAGACUAGAUUUUGAAGACAAGCUGGCUGAGAAUGAGUAUGAGAUGCAAGCAUUGCGCGAGAGCCACUCCAAGGCCGAGGAGCAAAUGAACGACGCAAUGACAAAGCUUGAUAUUCUCACCAACUACUUCAAGGAGAAAGAAGCCACCUUGCAGAAGGAACUAGGCAUGCAGGAGGCUCUGAAACUGCAACAUGUGUCGAGGCUCGAGGAGACUGGUAAGGUGAACGAGCUGAAUGAGGCACAGUUGGAGAGCACGAGGAAGCAGAUGGUCGACCUCACACGCGAGAUCGCUGAGAUUGAGAAGUCUUACAAGGCGCAGCUAACACAGCAGGAGAAGAAGGCACACGAGAACUGGCUUGCAGCGAGGAGGGCAGAGCGCGAGCUGGUGGAGGUGAAGAAUGAGGCAGCACUGCUUCGAGCAAGACUCACAGCAAUGGAGAUUCGCAGGGUGGAGAGCGAGUCUCUACUGAAGCCUGUAUCAUCGUCAGGAUUCAUAAUAGGUGGUGACAGUGCAGAGGAAAGCCUUGGGCCGUCACCGAACCCUGGCCAAAUUGGGCCUUCACCUUUGGGUAGUGACAGUGCGUUGAAUGGCCCAGGCAUGUUAGGUGCACCACGCCCGAAGAUGCCCCCUGGAGUCCACCUGCCACUACCCAUGGACCGACCGAUGCCACCCCCAUUCAUGAUGCAGAGAUUUCCUCCACCUCGUCCUCCACAAUUUAUGCGCCCACCACCCUCGAUGGGACGGCGCACGCCCAAUCUGCCCUACGAGGAUCAUAGGUCUAUAGGGGGUAGGCGAUCCCCGUCCCCCAGAGGAAGGCGGUCAAUAUCACCCAGAGGGAGACGGUCCCCCUCCCCAGUGAGGAGUCGGCGAUCUUACUCACCCAGACAGAGGUCCAUAUCGCCAAGAGGAAGGUCCUUCUCCCCCAGAGAGAGGUCAAUAUCACCAAGAGGAAGGUCCCUUUCUCCAGGGCGAUCCGACUACCCACGAGGAAGAUCGCCGUCCCCAAGAGGGUGGUCCCCCUCCCCCAAAGGAAGGUCAUCGUCUCCGCAUCACAGUCGACGAUCAUCCUCACCUCAAAGGAGAAGGUCGCCGUCACCAGAGAGAUAUAUGCCCAGGAGGUCUCAUUCUCCAGGUAGCCAGUCUCCAUCCCCUCCCCCAUACAGGGAUGAAAGAAGUCCCAAAGGCACGUUGCCUUACAGGCACCCAGAUGCCCGAUUGCGUUCUCCUCCCCCUCAUCAGUUUGACCAGCGGUCACUCCCUUCUAGAGAUAUACGGUCACCUGCUGUUAGAGGACGACGGUCACCUCCAAACAUGAGAUCACCCCCUAUGGAUAGAUUAUCCUAUCCCUCUCAUUUUGGAGCCUCUGCCCCUCAUUUUCCUCCUGGCAUAAAUCGUCUACCACAUCAUAUGCGAAAUUUACGUGAUGAUCCAUCUCCCGUUCCAACUACAUCCACUCCAAAUGAUUCACCUUCUCACGAUCACCAUUAGAGAAGCAUCUUGCCAAGUAUCGUUAGGAAUCACUGACCCUAAAAGGAGAGUAAAUGUGUACAUAAUAGUGGCAGUGGUAUGGAUGUCUGCUGCUACAUAGAUAUCGUCAUUAUAAUGAUCACUUCAUCCCACAAUCACUGUUCACGUGGUCAAUAUUCAAUAUCAGUAUAAUUACUGUCAUCGUCGUUAUUAAUUGACAUUCGAGCUUGUGCUUCCAUGCAUCCAGCAGUAAUCAUUGCAGAUGUAAUUUUAAGUUGGGCGUGAGAGAUAAGGAGAAAGCUAGCAUCAGCUGCUUGGCUGUGAUAUGAUAGCGUUGGCAGACCAGGCUACCAACUAGUGUGCUGUGCCCAUUCAAUGACUUUCUGAUUUUGGUCCCCCUAUCUACGCUGACACGUGCUUUGCAUUGUUAUAAAUCGCUACGUGGUAAAUAUUAAUCAAGUUAUUUUAAUAAUGUAACAUUUAUGCACAAAGUAACCUUGUUUUAAAUGUGUCAGUUCUUGCAUGGUUAUGUUUGACGUACUUCACAGGGUAAUCAUUGUUCAUGUAUGCGUCUGCGUUUACCCGCAGGCUUGCAUCCCUAUCAGCUGUUUGAAUGUGUAGAACACAGUGCAGUCACGAAGUAAUGUUGAAAUAAUUUCAUCACUAGGUUUCAUCAAAGUAUUUUGGUUUCAAUUUUACAAGCGUUUGCCUUUAGCAUAACAUGCUUAUUGCCACAUUGUAAAUUUUGAUGUUCCUAGCAUGUGGUUGUAUGAAAUGAAGUUGUUGGUGCGGUUUAUAUCAGGUAUCUAGCCAUCUAGUCAUGCUGCUGUUAAAAUGACUAGUCUGUACAAUUUCAUAAAUUAGGUUAUAAUAAACAUUUAUUAAAGUUA